CCGAGUCUAGUCUGCUUCGCUUGCUUUGCUACAAAAACAUAUGUUUUAUGUGGUCAAUGGCGACCUUCCUUUGAUAUUAUUGAAUUGUGUUGCUAAUCAAAAUGUUACGUUUACAGCUAAGCAGGGCUUUGCCCCUCAUCAGGGUAACCUUUUCCGCCAGAUCCACAUCUACAAGUGCUCCGGAAAAGUUAGAAGUUUUCAUUGAUGACAAGCGAGUUUUGGUUGAUCCAGGCACAACAGUAUUGCAGGCAGCUGCCAUGGUGGGAGUGGAGAUCCCCAGGUUCUGCUACCAUGAGAGGUUGUCUGUCGCUGGUAACUGUCGAAUGUGCCUCGUGGAAGUGGAGAAAUCACCUAAGCCAGUGGCAGCCUGCGCGAUGCCCGUCAUGAAGGGCUGGAGGGUGAAAACUAACUCGGACAUGACGAGGAAGGCUCGUGAGGGUGUGAUGGAGUUUUUGUUGGUCAAUCACCCGUUGGACUGCCCCAUCUGUGACCAGGGAGGGGAGUGCGACUUGCAGGACCAGAGCAUGGCGUUUGGCAGCGAUCGCAGCCGCUUCACCGAUAUUGAAUUCUCAGGAAAAAGGGCUGUGGAGGACAAAGACAUUGGUCCGUUGGUGAAGACCAUCAUGACUCGGUGUAUCCACUGCACUCGUUGCAUCAGGUUCGCCUCAGAAGUCGCUGGCAUCGACGACCUUGGAACUACCGGCAGAGGGUCAGACAUGCAGGUGGGCACGUACAUUGAGAAAAUGUUCCUCUCCGAGCUCUCCGGCAACAUCAUUGACUUGUGCCCCGUGGGAGCACUCACCUCCAAGCCGUACAGCUUCACGGCUCGUCCUUGGGAGACCCGCAAGACAGAGAGCAUUGACGUGCUGGACGCGGUCGGCAGCAACAUCAUAGUGUCCACACGCACAGGCGAGGUCAUGCGGAUUCUGCCCAGAGUCAACGAUGAUAUCAACGAGGAGUGGUUGUCAGACAAGUCGAGGUUUUCAUACGAUGGGCUGAAGCGACAGAGGCUUAUCACUCCCAUGCUAAAGAACUCUGCUGGAGAGUUGGUAGCUGUGGAGUGGGAAGACGCUCUGGUAGCUGUUGCCAAAACUCUCAAGAGUGCUGGAGACAGUGUGGGUGUGGUCGCGGGAGGUUUGGCGGACGCAGAGGCUUUGAUAGCACUCAAAGACUUGGUCAACAGGCUCGGCUCUGAACAGCUGUGUACGGAGCAAGGCUUCCCCACUGAUGGCUCAGGCACUGACCUGCGCAGUAACUACUUACUCAACAACAAGAUUGCUGGUGUAGAAGAGGCUGACUGGAUUCUACUUAUCGGAACCAAUCCAAGGUUUGAGGCUCCCCUCUUCAAUUCAAGGAUUCGCAAAGCUUAUGUUCACAAUGAAGCAAAUGUGGCCCUGAUUGGACCCAAGGUGAACCUGACCUAUGACUACACCCACUUGGGAGAUUCACCAUCAGUGCUGGAGAAGUUGCUUAAUGGUAGUCAUGAGUUCAGUCGAACCUUAGCUGCAGCCAAACGACCAAUGAUAGUGGUGGGAGCUCAACAGCUCACCAGGCCCGACGGUGCAGCAUUGCUGGCGCUGGCGCAACAACUGGCACAGUCACUGGCUGCUAAAACAGACGCUGGAGCUAACUGGAAGGUAUUGAAUGUGCUACACCAAGUAGCCUCCCAGGUGGCAGCACUGGACCUCGGCUACCACCCUGGGGUAGCGGAGAUACGCAACAACCCUCCACGGGUCUUGUUCCUGCUCGGGGCUGACGAAGGCGCCAUCACACGCUCCGACCUUCCCAAGGAAACAUUCGUCAUCUACCAGGGUCACCACGGAGACCUGGGAGCCAGCAUGGCAGACGCUGUGUUGCCUGCAGCCGCUUACACGGAGAAACAAGCGUCCUACGUCAACACAGAGGGACGAGCUCAGCAGACACUGGUGGCUGUGACACCUCCGGGCCUGGCACGCGAGGACUGGAAGAUCAUCCGAGCCUUGUCUGAGAUUUUGGGCUACAAGUUGCCUUACGACACAUUGAACGAAAUAAGAGCAAGACUAGAGGAGGUCUCCCCCAACCUCACAAGAUACGGUGAGGCAGAAGAUGCGAACUACUUCAAACAAGCCUCCGAACUCGCCAAGCUUGCGGGUGUCAAAUUGGACAGUAAACCGUUAGAUGUAAAACAGAAAGAGUUGGAAGACUUCUACAUGACUGAUCCAAUCAGUCGAGCGUCGUCAACGAUGGCAAAGUGUGUCCAGGCGGUGUUGAAACAGAAGCAGUCCAAAUACUACGAGGCGGCCAAUGCUUAAACGACCUCUAGUCUCGUAAAACAGCUAUCACAACCUCCAGAUUCGCCACCUCUACUACUCACAUUAUUAGAAACAGUCCUAUCUGUAAAUGUCCCUUUGAAAUAUGUUAAUAGUAAUUUGUUUCAACUGUGGAUAUUAUUGAUUGUGUAUGUGAUAUUUUUUUAUUGAAUGUGAUGAGGUGUUCAGCAGGCAAUGGCAACAUUGCACGAAUGUUCGCAGGGGUUUGUAAAUAAUUGUAAUACUUUAAGUUUAUUAAGUAAUAAAUAAAAUUGUUAUUUUAA